CGGUGCCGCCUUGUCCGUUUAAACUGAACUUUGGACCAUUUGAAGCUACUAAAACUAAACCAGACGUUUGAACUAACCCCGAGUUCAUUUCUGCUUUUCAGUAAAAGUUACCUACGUGAAAAAAUGAAGAGGAGGGCCGUUAAAGAGAAUGAGUCAUUCUCGGACACCAGCGGAACCUCGGAGGCUGUCAGAGCCCAGAAGAAGGAGGGGACACCGUCCCACCGGUUGCUAAAAAAGGGCUUACUGGCCCUCUUUGUUAUCUUCAUUGUGGUGCCCGUCUCGCUGACAGGGCUUCCACAAUUAAUCCAGCACGUUGUUUACACUCACAGACUCAGGGUGCCCUUCUUUGUUGACCUUAGCCAGCCUGCUGAUCUCUCCCUUAAUCACACCAUCAACAUGUACUUAACAUCAGAGGAAGGCAUUUCCCUCGGCGUGUGGCACACUGUCCCUGAAAGUCAGUGGAAAGAGGCGCAGGGGAAGGAUUUGGCCUGGUACCAGAAGACUUUAAGCAAUGGGAGUCCAGUUUUCAUAUAUCUUCAUGGCAACACAGGCACAAGGGCAGGCCCCCAUCGGGUGGGUGUGGUAAAAGUAUUGAGUGCACUUGGCUACCAUGUGCUGGCUCCUGACUACAGAGGUUUUGGAGACUCCUCCGGGGAGCCGACUGAGCCUGGUCUGACCACUGAUGCCCUCUACUUGUACAAGUGGGUCAAAGCACGCUGUGGAAACAGUCUGGUCAUCAUCUGGGGACACUCUCUUGGUACUGGCGUAACCACUAACUUUGCGGUGAAACUGGUCGAGCAAGGUGUGGUUUUGGAUGGUGUCAUUCUGGAGGGGGCAUUCAAUUCAGCUCGACAGAAGAUUCCAGUUCAUCCUUUCAUUUGGUAUUACUGGACCUACCCGGGUAUUGGGUACUUUUUCUCAGAGCCAUGGGCGGAAAAUAAGGUUGUCUUUCCAACGGAGGAAAAUUUGAAGAAGAUGAAAAGCCCAAUCCUUUUCCUUCAUUCAGAGGACGACCACAUGGUUCCCAUCCAGAUUGUUCAACAGAUGUAUGAGGUAGCAGCGAGUGCCCAGAAUGCCGAGCGAGUCAAGCUGGUGACGUUUGACGGUUCUCUGGGAUAUCUACACAACGGCUUGUACAGAGACCCUCACCUGCCUGACAUCAUAAAGAAGUUUGUGCUGUCGUUGUAAAGUUGGACCUCAUCAUCGGAGGCAGAACGCUGAUUUCAGUUUAUCACAUGCUCUAUAUGUGUCGAACCCGUGAUUGACUUUAAUUGUUUAUAUUUUUAUGAAUCCACUCUUUUCAAUGUAUUGUAUUAAGAGGAUUUGUUCAGGUUAAUCGUUUUUACUAUUAACUGGUAAUUAGGCUUUAUCACCCCACAGCAGUAAAUGCCCCCUCCUGUUGUGUGGGGACAAAGCUCAUCUACUGUUUAAUACCGGAUAAUCGGUUUGUUAAACUGUGUUUAAGUGUCAUUUUCAAGGAGGGCAGCUAAAAAAAAAAAAAAACAUUCCUUGUUGUUCUGUCACAUUACAUUUUACAAUUGUUGAGCUUUCGAACAAGUUUAAAUAAUCUCUGUUCUCAAUUAAAAAAAUAAUGUUAUGGAA